CCCAGCCCCAGCCCCGCCGGCUCCGCUACCUCCGCCAGCAUUGCCAUCAUCAGCACCACCUCCACCACCACCACCGAUACCACCACCGCCAGCGGCGGCAGCAGCCAUUUCAUCUCCACAGAAACCAGACACAAAAACAUGGCAGAAAUGGAGAAAGAAGGGAGACCUCCGGAAAAUAAAAGGAGCAGGAAACCGGCUCACCCAGUGAAAAGGGAGAUCAAUGAGGAAAUGAAGAACUUUGCAGAAAACACCAUGAAUGAACUCCUUGGCUGGUAUGGCUAUGAUAAGGUUGAAUUGAAAGACGGUGAAGAUAUUGAAUUCAGGAGCUACCCUACAGAUGGAGAGACUCGGCAGCAUAUUUCUGUUCUCAAAGAAAAUUCUUUGCCAAAACCAAAAUUACCAGAGGACAGUGUUAUUUCACCAUACAAUAUAAGCACAGGCUAUUCAGGGCUUGCCACAGGAAAUGGACUCAGUGACUCAUCUGCAGGGUCAAAGGAGCAUGGCAAUGUGCCCAUUAUUGUACCUUUAAUUCCGCCACCUUUCAUAAAGCCACCAGCAGAAGAUGAUGUGUCAAAUGUACAAAUAAUGUGUGCCUGGUGCCAGAAAGUGGGAAUCAAGCGCUAUUCCCUGAGUAUGGGAAGUGAGGUGAAAAGCUUCUGCAGCGAGAAGUGCUUUGCAGCCUGCCGACGAGCCUACUUCAAGAGAAAUAAGGCUAGAGAUGAAGAUGGACAUGCUGAAAAUUUUCCCCAGCAGCACUAUGCUAAGGAAACUUCAAGGCUUGCCUUCAAGAAUAACUGCGAACUACUUGUAUGUGACUGGUGUAAGCACAUAAGACACACAAAAGAAUACCUGGAUUUUGGGGACGGGGAAAGAAGGCUUCAGUUCUGCAGUGCAAAAUGUCUCAAUCAAUACAAAAUGGACAUUUUCUACAAAGAGACACAGGCCAACCUUCCAGCUGGGCUGUGCAGUACAUUACACCCUCCCAUGGAAAAUAAAGCAGAAGGCACCGGGGUGCAGCUGCUCACUCCCGACUCUUGGAAUAUCCCUCUAACAGAUGCUCGGAGGAAGGCCCCCUCCCCCGUGGCUGCAGCUGGCCAAAGCCAGGGCCCUGGUCCAUCGGCGUCCACCACCGUCUCUCCAUCCGACACUGCCAACUGCUCUGUUACUAAAAUCCCCACGCCAGUGCCCAAGUCCAUGCCCAUCAGUGAGACGCCAAACAUCCCUCCUGUCUCCGUUCAGCCACCUGCUAGCAUUGGGCCUCCCCUGGGGGUCCCGCCUCGCAGCCCUCCCAUGGUGAUGACCAACCGGGGCCCAGUGCCGCUCCCCAUCUUCAUGGAACAGCAGAUCAUGCAGCAGAUCCGCCCGCCCUUCAUUCGGGGGCCGCCGCACCACGCCUCCAACCCCAACAGCCCUCUGUCCAACCCCAUGCUCCCUGGCAUCGGGCCCCCACCCGGCGGCCCCCGGAACCUGGGCCCCACCUCCAGCCCCAUGCACCGGCCCAUGCUGUCACCCCACAUCCACCCUCCAAGCACCCCGACCAUGCCCGGGAACCCCCCAGGCCUGCUGCCCCCGCCUCCCCCGGGUGCCCCAUUGCCUAGUCUCCCCUUCCCUCCCGUGAGCAUGAUGCCAAAUGGCCCGAUGCCCGUGCCCCAGAUGAUGAACUUUGGGCUACCUUCGCUAGCCCCGCUGGUGCCACCUCCCACCUUGCUCGUGCCAUACCCCGUGAUCGUGCCCCUUCCGGUGCCCAUCCCCAUCCCCAUCCCCAUCCCUCACGUCAAUGAUUCCAAGCCUCCCAAUGGAUUCUCCAGCAACGGGGAGAACUUCAUUCCGAGCGCCCCUGGCGACUCCUCGUCGGCCGGAGGCAAGCCAGGCGGACACUCCCUGUCCCCCCGGGAUUCCAAACAGGGCUCCUCCAAGUCGUCGGACUCGCCACCCGGCUGUUCCGGGCAGGCCCUGAGCCUGGCGCCUGCGGAGCACGGCCGUAGCGAGGUGGUGGACUUGACGCGGCGCGCCGGCAGCCCCUCGGGAGCAGGCGGCCAGCUCGGCUUCCCGGGCGUGCUGCAGGGUCCGCAGGACGGCGUCAUCGACCUGACGGUGGGCCACAGGGCCCGGCUGCACAACGUGAUCCACCGCGCGCUGCACGCGCACGUCAAAGCGGAGCGCGAGCCGGGCGCUGCGGAGCGCAGGACCUGUGGCGGCUGCAGAGACGGCCACUGCAGUCCCCCCGCCCAGCCGCCGCCGCCGCCGCCGCCGCUGCCCCCCAAGAAGCUGCUGUCGGAGGAGCCGGCGGUGAGCGAGCUGGAGUCGGUCAAGGAGAACAACUGUGCUUCCAACUGCCACCUGGACGGGGAGGCAGCCAAAAAGCUGAUGGGCGAGGAAGCCCUGGCGGGGGGUGACAAGUCGGACCCGAACCUCAACAACCCUGCGGACGAGGACCACGCGUAUGCUCUGCGAAUGCUGCCCAAGACGGGCUGCGUGAUCCAGCCUGUGCCAAAACCCGCGGAGAAGACUGCCAUGGCGCCGUGCGUCAUCUCCUCGCCCAUGCUCAGCGCCGGGCCCGAGGACCUGGAACCUCCGCUCAAAAGGAGGUGCCUCCGAAUUAGAAAUCAGAAUAAGUAAAAGGAACACUCACAGGGUACCUUGCAUGGAGAGAGGCGCAGAGCAAACUAUGUCCCGCCAUCCAAUGACACCAGCUGGUCAGC